CUCCCAGGCCUCGCAAUUCCGGAAUCCCAGAAUCCUCCAUCCCUCUCCACAUGAGUCGCGUUGUUAUGGCUGACUAUGGCACUAUGAAAAUAGUCGCUGUCUCCCGCGACUCGUCGCAACGAUUAAUCAACAAUCGUUUGAGGGAGUAUUUCGAUCAUGGAUCUAGAACGGAGCGACGCUAACAUCUACGAGCUCAUCACGCAGCUAGUCUGGCACACGUUGCAGAGAAAUCGCUCAGAGAAUGGGAAUUUCUACAUGCCGCCCAAGAGCGAUGUCAAAAUAGUGAAGGACUUUCGCUCGAAGGCUUAUGAAAUAUUGUUAAAUAAGAGUAAUAAGACAUAUAAUCAAGGAAAUACAGGAAACUCCGAUAUUGAUCCUCUAGUGGAGAUCUUGAAGCAUGUCUUCGUUCUCAGACUAGCCCUGAAACGCGUGUCAGAGGCGAAAAAGUUAGAAAAUUUGAUAAGCGAGCUGUAUUCUGAGGAGGAUGACACAGACACUGUAAUUUAUACCUUACAGUUGUUGAUAGAACUUAAAAAUUUUCAGACUGACACAGGAACUGCAUUGGAUGUAUUUCACUAUGGUAAAAUCAAUCCUUUCUUGCCUGAGGAUGUUACAUCUAUGAAUGGUGUACCAAUGUUUCAAACAUAUCCCAUGGAAUCCUUUAUCUUGCCAGAAAAGUUUGAGGCGAUGCUGGGCAUACGCAGAACCUGUACCAGGCAAGAGACAGCGACCAAUUUUGUUAGCAGAGUAUCUUUCGAAGAUCAGUGUAUAUCAAAAGCCAUCUUAGGUAUCCAAACAAUUAGGUAUAAUAAUGCUAUUGAAAUGUCUCCUUGCAUAUCAAGCCAUACUGAAAAUACAGCAAAACAAUGUAACAUAAUCGCUCCUUUCUUAACACAUACUAUGAUUGAACAAACAAAUAAGAUAUAUUUAUCUACACAAAGAUUUAUGUCAAAUAUGACUUUACCCUAUGAAUGGAUAAAGUCUGUAGAUAAUCAAAUUCAGAAUCGUUUCUGUGCUGUGUCAUCGGAAAAAUCCGAUUGUAAUUUUACAAACGAAUCAAAAAGCGUUGCAAGUAACAUUGAUUUAAUAUGGAAAGAGAUACUGCUUUCUGAUGAUUGUGUCUCCAAAUUACGAACGUGGGAAUCUCUCGGAGCACCAGAGUUUUCCAAACAAUCGUUAUUCGUUACUGAUCUGCCAGAGACCGCGCUGCACUUAGCGAGGAUAAGACAAACAAGUAUUUUAUCACUGCUGCCAAAGAAGACAAUGAAUUCCAUAUCUCUAAUGUCGGAGGUUUCGUCUGAGAAAUUUUUAUCGGACGUCAAAUUGUUGUUAUUUGGUAUAGAUUCAGAUUCCUUUAAAUAUGAUACUGUGACAGGAUUUAAAUUGGAGGAGAGCAUUACAGUGCAUGGCAUAAGCUUCGAGUCACUGAAAAAUACUUGCCAAGAAGCGAUUUCUUGGGGCAACAGUUUCAAGUUUUUGUCGCGUCUUGUCGUGCCCGAUCCACAAACGGGUAAAUUGCAGCAGCACGGUCUCAUAUUCAAGGCAAUGUGCGCCAAUAUCAAAGAGCUACUCCUUUACUAUCACUCGGCAUUGCAAAGGAUUUUUAACAAACAUAAAUUUCCCGGAUUGUUGAAUCUAUUGAAACAGAUUCGUCCGCUGGCGCGUUUAAUCAUAGAAGUCACGAGACUGUGCGGCUGCAGCACAAAUCAAUGCGUUUUAGGCGGUGGCAGUGGGAUUUUAACACACAUUUACAAAGAGGUGACCAAGGUCACCAAUCCGAAGGUCGCAUUGGUGUUUUAUUCCAUAUUAAAAUCUUGCUGUGAAGUUUACUUUCGGUUGUUGCAAAAUUGGUUGUUCGAGGGAACGUGUGACGACAUUUACGGAGAAUUUAUGAUUCAAGCACGAUCUCACUAUCUACGAAAGAGAGGACGCAAGUUUUGGACGGAGAGUUUCGCGAUCGAUACCGAAUCGGUACCUGGUUUCUUAUCUGAAUUGUCGGAGUCGAUACUGCAAUGUGGGAAGACAUUGCGACUCUUAAAAAUUUGCAGUCCCAAGAAUUCUGUAUGUAAUGUGUCUUUCAACGCUCAACCGGAAGUGAGGGUCUGCUUGAGUGUGUCCAUGUUGCGAGAACAAUUGCUAAGGUGUCAGGAAUACGAAUGUAAAGGCGAGGCGGCAUUGGGACCAAUCGUAUCUCUUUUAUCCGCAAUUCAGGAUGAAAAGAAAGCCGAGAGAAAAACGGCUGAGCUCGUGAUACGCGCACAACAAGAAACGUUAUCGAGGCUGGAUAAGCAACGCAAAGAACUUAGCAUGAAAGCCGCGCAAAGUAAACGGGAAUUGCUACAAGAAUUGAAGCAACAGGCGGAAGCGAGUGCAUUAAUUAAAGAAAAGGAAAAAGAGAAUGAAAUGCUAGCUGACAAAUUGUUGCUCGAAAAGAUUAAUCGAGAACAGGAAGAAAUGCGGGAACAACAGCAAGCCGAGAGGGAAAAUCUUGUAAAUUAUUAUGAUAAAUUAAGUGCUGAUAUAGAGAGCAAUCGUGCACGAUCCAUUUGGCGAAAGACGCGAAUGAGUCAUUUCGAAAGACGAGUGGAAUUUUUAAAAUCUGUAAAGAGACACGAUACAGAAAUGUCGAAAAAUGUUACUACACCAAGUUCCGAUGAAAAUACAGUCAUCGAUAUUAACGAACAAAAUAAAAAUACAUCCGAAGCAGAAGCUGUGUCCAGUCAAGACGAAAAUAGCAACUUUGCGGAAAAUGGUUUGUUGGAUGUAGCUGCGACAGACAUUUCCAAUCAGAGCAAUCCUGAAGAUCUCUUGAACGUUGAAUGCUCGGAUGUUCCGCCUGUCGAAAAUUGUGAGCCCGAUAAAGAUAUUUCAUCGGAUAAGAAAAUUACAAUUGAGGAUUCCCCCAUUAUGGCGGAUACACAGAAUUUACCUCUACCGCAAGAAACUCCAUCAUUAAAUUAUAAAGUCUAUAAGAAAAAUAACGAGAAGAGCAACCUGCAGGAUUUUCUGCAUAACGAAGCAAUGAAAAACAUCCAUACUAUAAUAAAUGGCAACGAUAAAACGAGUGUGCUCGAUACUCGUUUAAACAACAUCUUGGAAGUCGACGAGGUGACCGAGAGAAUUAUUGGUGCUAUUAACAGGCCUAAGUCCUUAGUUAUUAACAGGAUAGAUAAUAUGACCGUCGCACAAACCAACAAACUUAAAGUCCUGAUGCAAGAGUAUGGUAUGACUCCGAAUAACAACGAGCUCAGUACGAUACUUACGAACAAUCAAAGAUUUAUUAAUCGCACAAAUACGAACGGUAAUAAUCAGAUAUUAAUUGAUAUCACUAGUGAAUCAAGCUCGAAUAAUACGAAAGAAAACAUGAACAAUAAUGUCUUUUCAUCAACCAAUAUCCAACUGCCAGCAGAAACAAUGAAUGUACACGGGCCUAUGAAUGACGAAGAAUGUUCAAAUAAGGCCAACAAUACAAAUAAUGAAGCAAACGAGAUAUUGAAUAAUAUGCAGCAGCAGAAUAAUAUAGAUACACCGAUGUCAUGUACGACCGAUAAUUUCACCACAGCAUCGAUUCAUACUCCUUUGUCGCAGAUACCGAAUAGCGAUGAUAUAUUCGCUUUGAACGCCGGUCAGGAAGUCUCGUCUUUAUCCGACGAUAUGACGAAGUCGAUCGCAGAAGAAAUAACAUGCUUCGAGUCUCCGAUGAGCAGUAAUUUCAAGCUGCCGAAUCUAUUCGGUGUUAGUUCCGACGUGAAAUCGUCGACCACACCUUCGUCUCUGACCAUAGCUGACGUUGAAAUGAUCGACCAUACGUCUCUCCAAGUGUACUUGGAGAAAUCGAUCAUUAUACCCCUGCAGAUACAAACCCGGCUGGUUAAUAACGCGAUCAUUAAAUACCUGGUGAAUGAGCACAACAUGUUCUCGCAUUUGCACAGUUUACGUAGUUAUUUCUUCCUCUUGAAUGGUGAAUUCGCAAAGAGUUUAACGGACUCGCUUUAUUCGCGGCUCUACACAAUAUCCGCGCCAAUCGAACUCUUUAAUUCCGCUACCCUUACGAAUCUUUUGGAGAAAGCGCUGAUGAACUCGUUCAGCAAUAAUUACGCCCAUUCGGAACUUUUGAGUCUUUCUGCCGUUGACAAACCAUGCCAAUUAUACAUUUCAGAUCCGAAUGUGUUAGAAUGUCUUUGCCUCAAUUAUAAGAUAGCGUGGCCAUUGAAUAUUAUUUUAGAUGACAUGAUGAUGCUGCAAUACAGCAAAGUAUUCAAGUUUUUAAUAAUGAUUGGCAGGAUGUCGUGGGUAUUACAGGAAGACUUUAAUAUAAUGAAAGUGGAUCGUAACGCAGUUAAUUCAAAACAAUAUCACAAGUUGCAAUUAUAUAGACACUCCAUGACACAAUUUAUGAAUGCUCUUCACAAUUAUUUAACAUGUAGCGUACUACAUGCGAGUUGGAAUGAGUUUGAGAAGGAUCUGCAGAAUUCCCGGACAAUAGAUCAGAUUUAUCUCUCGCACAUGAAUUAUAUUAAAAGGAUACUUUCAAGGUGCAUGCUCAACACACGCGGAGAAAAAAUGCGCGUUUGUUUGAUCAAUAUCUUUAAAAUCAUAUUGAAGUUUCACAAUCGCUUGAGGUCGCAAGCUUGGACUGUCGACAGCACGGGUCGGUACAGCCAUCCGAAUUUCAAGAGCUUGGAACAGAUGUAUCAAUCGUUUUGCGAAUGGCGAACGUACAUGGCACACGUCGCGCACAAAUUGGCUACCAGCGGGUACCAGCCGCAUCUAAUGCAUUUUCUUAACGCUUUGAAUAUAAAUGACAUGUACGAUUUAACGACAAAGCAACAAUAGCACUGUGAUUAAAUUCCGUCUUUUACGAUGUAUUGAAUGUAAAAGAAUCAAAAUGGGCGAUAGUUAAGAAACAGCCAACCACUAUCGCUUACACGGAUAUCGAUGAUACAUUGGUCACAUCGAGUA